AUGUGUGAAGGGUGGUACGAUGAUAAGAAAGGGUGUUUGGACAGGGUCGAUAUUCAUGGCGAUACUAUCAGUGGGAGUAUCAAAGGGUUGAAACCUCUUCUUCAAGGAGUAGAUCAUCAUUGUCACUUCGAUCAUGCGACUCCAGCUGAGGAUGAAGCUCAGUCUACGACACCAGGGUAUCUAGACGACUCAUGGACUACUCACUUGCCGAUUGAUCAUCCCCAAAAUGCAUACCCAGAUCCAGAUGCCUACUUUGACCUUGACCCUGAUCAGACAGGAAUGAGAUACUCGAUGAUGAUCCAUAACCUCAUCAAACCGCCUCCAUCUGACCUUUCACCCGUAUUGAAAAUCUACACUGGCGCUACCCCUCAAACUCGUACUAGAUGGUUCAUAACUCUACCGAAAUGUUAUGAUAAAACCCGAAUCAGAUGGAUUCGAAUUAAUCAUGUGAUCAAUAUGGUCAUUGGUUUGGUGAUGAUUCGUAUACCAGAACAUUUUGACGAGAUGGUUGGAAUAAGACAAGGAGAGGGAGAGAAUGCCGGUGAGGGAUUGAGAUGGAUCAAUUGGGUAGUACAGUAG